GCCCCCAACACCGACCGGACGACACGAUGAGAGAAUGUAAAUUGGACUAUAAUCACAAUCUGACAGAUAGAGGGUGGGGCUCCGUUCCCGGUACUUGCAGAGGCCCUAUGAAUUUUUAGCAUAGUAACCUCUCAUCGUAGUUGUCGGGAUUCGAAUCCGUGACCUAACCCUUGUGACACCCCCUUGCUACCAGUUGAGUUACGUCCACCGGUUUAUACUGCGUUAUUAUUAUUUAUAUAUUUGGUGGAAGUUAGAAUUUGUAAUCUAUUAGGAUUAGGAGUAUUCUUUAAAGGUAAUUAUUUUUUAGGUAUAAAGCUAAAAACAUUUAAGGAAAUCUGACGCCAUUAAUUAAUUUAAGGAAAUUUACGAGUAUUGAUUUUUUCCUUGGGAUUUAACUUUAUGAAAAAAGACAAAUUUGAAAACCAUCAGAAUUGAUGUAUUACGCGAGUUUCCUUGACCAAGAGUGCAAUUGUGGUGGUGCACAAAGGACGCGCGUUUGCUUGUACGUAUUUUAGCACAAGUAUUUUAGCGUGUGCUCCAAGUAAACUUCCACACCAAGUUCAGUUCAUAAAUGGUGGCCGGCCCCAACUCUUUGGCACCCCCGGCCCGUACGUAUAUAUAGUGGGGAUCAUAAACUUUUAUUACUCGAUCUCUUCCUUCCUGUGAAUUGAAGCAUCGAUUGAUAGUGGGGAAGCAGCAGCAACUGAUGAUGAUGAUGAUGAAUCAUCAUCCCGCUUUGCCGCCGGAAAUCAUAGCUGAGAUAUUGCAAUGGCUGCCCGUUAAAUCCGUCUUAAAAUUCAGGUGCGUUUCGAAAUUGUGGCUCUCCCUCAUCUCCAGCGACCAUUUCAUCCAAUCCCGACCGAGAAAGCCCAGAGUUUUAACAAAACUCAUGACAAGAUCCACAUUACAGAUCAUGGACUGCUGCUUGGAGUCUGCCCUGUGUAGCCGAACUUUUUGUGAGACGGCCAUCCCUUUUCCAGUGGAAGUGGAUUGCGACAGGAUUUCCAUUGUGGAUUCGUGUAAUGGGCUGCUUUGUCUCGCUACUGACCACCAUGUCAUCCUGUGGAACCCGGCUACUCGAGAAUCCAAAAUGGUACCCCAUGUGGCCGCCCCAGAGGUGGAACCGAAAUCAUAUGAUCAUGAAAUUGGAUUUGGGUUUGGCGAAUCUUGCGGUGAUUACAAGGUAGUGAAGCUCAUUGAAGGCCGUGGGGAUGCAUCUAAGAGAAUAGUAGCAAGGGUUUACAGUCUCAAGACUGACACUUGGAAGAGCAUAGAGGAGGAUAUUGAGGGCAGGUUGAUGUCUCGAAAAGGGAAAUUUGUGGAUGGGAAGCUUUAUUGGGCGAUGAUAUACAAUUGUGGGCGAAGAAAAUGGAAGCAAUGCUCAGGGAAGGCGGUGGCGGGUGUUCUUUGUGUCGAUGUGAAGACAGAGACAUAUGAAGAAAUAGAGCCGCUUUUACCGCACUCUGAUGCUCCCCGCCUGAGGGUGGCUGUGCUGGACGGACGCCUUUGUCUGGUUUCUAAUUCUUCUGACAGUAAAGUAAUAAGUUUUUGGGUUCUGAUGAAGAACAAGCAGCAGCAGCGGCAGCAUCAAUCAGAAAGUUGGUCUAAAAUGUUCAAAAUUUUCGUGAGGAGGGGGGACAUGAAACCGUUGUACAAGCUCAGUAAGAGCGAGUUGCUGCUCCAUUCUUCUGACAGCUUGUUUGUCUACAAUGCUAAAGACAAGAGUUGCAGGUACACUGGACUGAGUAACUGCUCUUCUGCGCAUGUUUAUGUUGAAAGCUUGGUUUCCCCUACCAAGUAUCCCACCGCAGCUACCUAGCUGUUCAUAAAUAACAGAGGAAUAUAAUUAUGGUGACUUGCAUUACUUGUAGCUAGGAUCAUACAUCUAUGGACGACAUUGUGCUCAUGUGGGGAUGGGUAUCUGAUUGAUUUCCUAUUGCUUUAUACAGUAUGUACAAUAUGCUUUAUACAAUAUGUAUAGGCUCUCCUAGCCUGGCCUAUACAUAUUGCUUUAUACAAUAUGUAUAGGCUCCUAGCCUGGCCUUUGCCUGUUCUCGCUUAUAGAUAUACUAGGUACUACCUCCGUCCCCUUUUAAAUGUCCCGGAAGAGGGUGACACGGAUUUUAAGAAAAGUGAGUUUGUGUGGUUGAUAUUAAUUGAUAAAGUAAGAAUAAAGUAAAAAUGAUUUUGAGCCACACAAACUUUACCAAAUAAGGUAUGAGACAUUUAAAUAUGGACAUCCCAAUAUGAUAAAACGAGACAUUUAAAAGGUGACGGAUGGAGUAUAUAUUUUGAUUGAAGUACAUAUUUUGGCUCAUAUAUAUUUGACUAGUUUUUAAAUGCCCACAAGGAGAAGACCACAAUAACGUGAAGUUUUUAUUCCAUGGUAUAAACAAAAAC